CAUAUUUAAGUAAAGCCAAAAUAGUAUUAAAAAAUCGUUUUUUGUAAAAAUCAUUAAAACCUAUACAAUUAAAGAGAAAUUUUUAAAAAAAACAAAAAAUGAAAAGUUGUGUCGGUGCUAAAUGUUGCAAAAAUUUGCUUGCUAAUUUGACCAAUGGUUACACUAAUGUUGAAGGAAUGGAUGAUAUUUUCGAUGCAAUAAUCUUCAACAUGUUUUUUACUAUUAUUUUAUUAUCAUUCUUGGCAUUUCUACGGGCAAUCUAUUUCACAAAAAAACAAAAUGGCCGAGAUUGGCCUAAAAAUUGGUUAGAAUUUAUAUAUAGCGAUCGUGAAGUGGAUUUGUUACAUGAAGAAAAUCCAAUCAAAUAUUUUCAUCCAGAUGCUUAUCUUCAUAGUAGUUUACAUGAUUUUACAGAUUUGAUUACAAACAGAUAUAUGUUGAAUAAAAGUGAUAAAGCAAUUGCGAUUAUUAAUACAAAAUAUCAAAAUAUAAGAAAAAGUCAUCAAGAAAAACUGAAAUCUGUUGGCCAAAAACGUCAUUGGAUAUUUGAUUAUACAUUUAUUAAAGAUGAAGAUAUUCUUAAACAUCGUGGCAAAGAUGCUAUACAUUAUUUAUUAUUUCAACGUUAUAUUAUCUAUAUUUUAGCAUUAUUUUCGUUUGUUUCAAUUGUAAUUCUAAUACCGGUCAAUAUGAUUGGUGGUAAUAGUUUAAAUACCUAUUAUGAAAUGUCAACAAUCAAUAAUGUUAAAAAUACAUCAUCAUUACUUUGGAUACAUACAUUUACAACACUAAUCAUUGUACUUGUCGGUGUUUUUAUGAUGAAAAAAUUUUCCGAUUAUAUUGUUUUACCGUUAAACGAAACGGAUGGAAAAACAAUUUUGAUACAGAAUCUACCGAAAAAAGCUCGUAAUGCAGAUAAAUUGAAACAAUUUAUUGAAGUUAAUUUUAGUAAUGUUGAAGUUACACAAAUUACAUAUACUUAUAAUGUUGAACCAAUCAACAAUUUAUUAAAAGAUAUUAAAGCAUGUAAAUUAUCAAUAGAUUAUUGUAAAGAAUAUGAACAACAUUUUGGUUAUACGUUAUUAGUACGACCAUUUAUGUUUGGUUUGAUUUGUCCAAAAUGUCCAUUAUGUGGAAUAUGUUAUUAUCAACAUCGAUUGUAUGAUUAUCGAAAACAACUUAAAAACGAAGUAAUUAAAACAUUAGAUCAACCACAACAUGCUGCAUUUGUUCAAUUUAAAACAUCAAUGAUGGCUAAAAAAUUAUUGGAACAUUUUGAACUUACACAACAUACACGAUUAUUGAAUACAAUAAAUUCAUGUUCACAAAAAUUUUGUGGUUUUAAUUGGAAAAAUACUAAUGUUGCUGAUCCAUAUGGUUAUUUUCAAUGGAUAACACAACCGGCACCAUUUCCCGAAGAUAUUGAAUGGAGUGAUAUUAUUAUAAAUAAUCGUACAUCUUAUAUUUGUUCAAUCAUAUUGAAUUUAUUAACAAUUGUUAUAUUUUUGUUUUUCACUACACCUAUUGUGGCAUUGAAUUUUUUACAAGAAAUAUUUAUUUUCGGUAUGGGUCCAACAAAAGUAGCCGAUAUUGAAAAUAAUAAGUUAAACAUUGGCUUCAUUCAGAUAAAAUGGGUAAGAUAUUUAAGCGCAUUAAUAAUGAAUGGUUUUGCAUGUGUUAUACCUAAUCUAAUUAUGAUAAUCGAAUUAUUUGUACCACAAACAAGUAAAUCGGAAAAAAAUUCCAAAAUGAUGAAAAUGGUUUAUCUUUAUUCCAUAUUAAUGGUGUUAAUAUUUCCUUCGCUUGGACUUAUGUCUGGACAAUUAUUGAUCAAAAAAAUAUCGGAAAAAACAUUUCCAAGAGAUUUUUAUAAAUGUCUAUUUCCUGCAAAUUAUAGUCCAUUUUUUAUUUAUUAUGUUAUAUCAUGUAUAUUUAUUACAAAUCCAGCACAAUUAUUACGUUUACCUGAAUUAGGAUCAUAUUUAUAUAGUUGUAUAAUUUAUUAUCCAAAAACGGAAGCUGAAUUUGGACGUGCACGUAUGGAAACAAAUUUUCAAUUCUGUUAUAGUUCAAAUUAUCCACGUUUUUUAUUAAUAUUUACUAUUGUUGUUACAUAUAGUAUUGCUAGUCCUAUUCUGGCACCGUUAGGAUUAUUGUUCAUGUUAUCAAAACAUUUAUUGGAUCGAUACCAUAUUUAUUAUUUAUAUAGUACAACACAAGUGAUCAAUGCUAACAUUCAUCAAAAUGCAAUAUUAUUUGUAUUAAUUUCAUUUUUUUUUACAUUUCUACAAUUAACAACAUAUACAAAUACUCGUAAUGAAUUUUCAUUAACAUUUAAACCAUCGAAUAUUUAUCAACAAAAUCAAUAA